GUGGGGUUCAUCAUAUAGGAUCAGAACUUCUGAUCAAGACAAAACCGCUACAACGUUUCAUAUCACUAUGUACAAAACCACGCGCUUCGUGCCGCAGACGCCUUUUCCCCUAACCCACCUAUGUACUAGUUAAACGGGAGGCACGCACUCUAGAAUCGGAAAUCUCCCCCAUCAGUAGGUAUCCGUUGCCGACGAUCAGCCCCAAACGCUACCUCUUUGGGUUGCUGUCUGCCUGCAUUAGGUAGUUGUAAAAAGUCGUGAGGAUCCUUUUCACUCAUGGCAUGGUAGCAUGCUGAUUCCUAGGAUACUUCACAUCACGUCUAAGUUAAGCAGGCCGAAGUGUAUUAGUUAUAGACCAGGCUGCCGAUAAUUCCGAGGGAGUAAACCGGCGAGAAGAAUGAAGGAAUGAAUGUUUAAAAUAUCUAGCAGCUACCUACGUAGAGAGGAGAGAAAAGUAUAUAUUCUCUAUCACCUCCCCUCAUUGUAUAACUUGAAUUAACACAUUAUCAAUCACCAUCGUCAACUUACUUCCAUAUAGACGAGCAUUCAUUUCCUCAGACACUCUUUACAUUUUUUUACUACGCUCAUUUCAAUCCACGAUGAAGUUCACUUACUUGCUCUCUGCCUUCUUGGCUACAUUAGCCGCCACUAGUCCCAUUGCCACCGUAUCCGACCCGGCUGAGAACACAGAGCUCGUCACUCGUGCUGAUAACGCAGUAGAGAGCGCAGAGUUAGUUGCUCGUUCUCCGACUGUGGAAGAGACACCUCAGUACGCGGCUAUCAAAGCGAAACACUCGAAUCUAAAGAAAGAUCACUAUUAUUACUUUUACGUAACAUGGCCGCGUGGGUCAAUAAUCCAGGGGGACCACGAGACGAAGGCUGAGGUAGAAGAGUUGAGAAAUAGUCUGGGCUUCGACCAUAUCGGGAUUAUAGUCGGCCAAGUAACCGAGACAGAAAAGACCGUGAAAAAGAAGUCCACCCUCAUCAAGAACUUCCAGGCUAGAUUAUUCCAUUUGACCAAGGACAAAUCUGGCAAGUCCGUAUUCACCAUGACUGAGUGGAAAAGCGACCAUAAGCCGCUCCGCUUUGGUGGUGAGACAAACAAGAGAAAGCACGAUGCGGUCAAGAGAAAAGCGCAGGACUGGAUUGAAGAUCACCCGACUUACAACGUCCAAACCAACAACUGCAACACAUUCGUUCACAAUAUUGCUACGUCACUUUGAUGAACGAGUCGAUAUGUACCUACUCAUAAAUUAAAAGCAGAUGAUAUACACUGGAGGUAUGGCCUGGUACUGACCGAAAAGCAUACUUCUCCUUCUUGUAUGUAAAUUUUACAUUGGAUCUUGGCGGGGUUAUUGGGACAGGGACAAAAACAGGGACUUGAUGGAGGUAAACAUGUCGUACAUAACACACUCGCUUUGUAUUUGGUUUUCGGGCUAUAAAAUUUGAUAUAUUCUACUCAAUCCCAUGUAACUUGUGACCCUUCUUAUAAUUUAAUAUCAGGCUAGAUCUACCC